UCAAUUCAACAACUACAAUUUUGCUUUCAUGUAAAGAAAAUGAAGAAAAUAAAUAUGGCCUACCAAAUCAAUGAGAACCCUUUUCACCAACCAAAAUCGAGCAACAGCAUUUAAUUCAGAAUCCAGAUUCCAACCGUUACUCGUUUGAUUGCUCGAAUUAGGAAAAAAUAGAAUAAAAUUUUGUACCUCUUGUUUUUUUUCAAUUUUUUUUCAAUAAGAGUUCAAACCAGCUGCAAGCCGACUGUUUUUUUGUCUGGGUGAUGAAUUUCGCGACUAUUUCUUCAUCUACUAGAUUUGUUUGUUGCUUCACCAACCCGGAGUUGAGAAGUCAAGCUCAUUCCCACCAAACUCUGUUGACGUAUUCCAAAGACUAUGAUCGUUUUUCUCCUUAAAACUAUCGCAAUUUUUAAGCAGCUGGAGUGUUUACUCUAAUGGAUUCCGGCGCCUCCCGCCCUGCUGUGGUAAUCGACAAUGGCACCGGGUAUACAAAAAUGGGAUUUGCUGGAAAUGUGGAGCCGUGCUUUAUAGUUCCGACUGUUGUUGCGUCAAACAACUCGUUCUUGAACCAGCCGCGGCUGAAUUCGACCAAAAACAGCAAUUGGAUAGGACAGCACAAUGCAGGGGUGAUGGCGGAUCUGGAUUUCUAUAUAGGCGAAGAAGCGUUGUCUAGAUCUAAAUCUAGCAGCACUUACAAUUUGAGCUAUCCAAUUAAGCAAGGCAAGGUGGAUGAUUGGGAUUCAAUGGAGAGGUUCUGGCAGCACUGUAUAUUCAACUAUCUACGGUGCGAUCCAGAGGAUCACUAUUUUUGUUUGACGGAGAGCGCCUUGACUGCACCGGAGAGUCGGGAGUACACCGGAGAGAUCAUGUUCGAGACAUUUAAUAUUCCAGGGCUCUAUAUCGCGGUUCAGCCAGUGCUUGCUUUGGCUGCUGGAUACACCACAUCCAAGUGUGAAAUGACAGGAGUUGUAGUGGACGUGGGAGAUGGGGCUACUCAUGUGGUGCCUGUUGCAGAUGGUUAUGUUAUCGGGAGCAGCAUUAAGUCCAUUCCAAUUGCAGGGAAAGAUGUAACUCGGUUCAUCCAGCAGCUCAUGAAAGAAAGGGGGGAGCAUGUUCCACCUGAAGACUCCUUUGAUGUAGCCCGGAGAGUGAAGGAAAUGUAUUGUUACACUUGUUCGGACAUUGUCAAGGAGUUCAAUAAGCAUGACAGAGAGCCUGCAAAAUACAUCAAGCAGUGGAGGGGUACCAAGCCGAAGACUGGGGCUCCGUAUUCUUGUGAUAUAGGCUACGAAAGGUUCCUCGGUCCUGAGGUCUUCUUUAACCCUGAAAUCUACACUACUGAUUUUACCACCCCUCUGCCUGAUGUCAUCGAUAAAUGUAUUCAGUCAGCGCCAAUAGAUACAAGACGGGCAUUGUAUAAGAACAUCGUAUUAUCUGGAGGAUCAACCAUGUUCAAGGACUUCAACCGGAGGCUACAAAGGGAUAUAAAGAAGAUUGUUGAUGCCCGAGUUCUUGCAUCUGAUGCUAGGCUAGCUGGUGAAAUAAAGUCGCAACCUGUGGAAGUAAAUGUUGUUAGCCACCCAAUCCAGAGAUAUGCAGUUUGGUUUGGAGGCUCGGUACUUGCAUCCACUCCUGAGUUUUUCACGGCUUGCCAUACGAAGGCCGAGUAUGAGGAAUGUGGAGCAAGCAUAUGCCGCACAAACCCAGUUUUCAAGGGAAUGUAUUGAUUCAUAUACAUGAAGAUCAAUCAAACUAGAUUCUUGUAGCUGUGAAGAAGACAAUUUUUCGGGUCAAAAUCAAAAUCACAAAGCCACCAGCGUCAGCACCAUUUCAUGUGUUCCUUACUGACCAUCAGAUUGCAGCAGCCCAAUGCAGUUUCUUUUAUGAUUUCGAAAGGAAAAUCUCGAUGAAGACGACCCGUUCGUCUCACCUCUGCAUCAUGCUGGUUAGAAAGAUGAAUAUACCAUCUCUGGAGUUGAUGAAUUUCUUUACAUUAGCUGAAUUUUCGUGGCCAUAGAUAUGUCCUUGUACAUUUUCAUCAAACCUUGUAACUUAUUUCCAAAAUAUGUUGUGCACAUUGAAUAUAGAAUAUUAAACCUCAAAUUCAAAUAGGAUACACA